CUUGACCACACCAAAUUAAGAACACUUCCCGGAAGAAGAUAAAAGGAGAAAAUGGAAACUAAUCACUUGUUGAUAAAGUUUGUCAUAUUAGCAUCAUGUCUCAUACAUCCCCGUGUUUGCUCUCCUUCUUGCUAUUUCCCGGCGAUCUUCAACUUCGGCGACUCUAACUCCGACACAGGUGGCCUCUCCGCCGCCUUUGGACAAGCCCCUUACCCUAAUGGCCGAACUUUCUUCCACUCCCCUUCCGGUCGUUUCUCAGAUGGUCGACUCAUCAUUGACUUCAUAGCGACGGAGUUAGGGUUACCAUUCCUAAAUGCUUUCUUAGACUCCAUCGGUUCAAAUUUCAGCCAUGGAGCUAAUUUCGCCACCGCUGGAUCCACCGUCCGACCACCAAACACCACAAUUUCUCAGAGCGGUGCAAGUCCAAUCUCUCUCGACGUUCAAUUGGUUCAAUUCUCCAAUUUCCUCACACGAUCACAACUUAUUCGCAAUCGAGGUGGAGUGUUUAAGAAAUUACUUCCGAGAAAAGACUAUUUCUCUCAAGCAUUGUACACAUUCGACAUCGGUCAGAAUGAUCUCGUCACUGGAUUAAAACUCAACAUGACUAAUGAUCAAAUUAAGGCUUAUAUUCCAGAUGUUCUUAAUCAAUACUGUGACGCCAUUCGUAAUGUGUAUCAGAAAGGAGGAAGAAGUUUUUGGAUACAUAACACAGCUCCAAUCGGUUGUCUACCUUAUGUUUUAGACCGGUUUCCAGUACCAGCAUCCCAAAUCGACAUUCACGGUUGUGCAAUUUCGCGUAAUGAGAUUGCUCGGUAUUUCAACUCUGAACUCAAAAGAAGAGUGAUUGGGUUGAGAAAAGAGCUCUCUGAAGCUGCAUUUACUUAUGUUGAUAUCUACUCUGUCAAGCUUACUCUCAUCACUCAAGCCAAGAACCUAGGUACUUUUCAAACCUUUUUUCAUGUUUUCGAUAUCCUUUGGUGGCUUGUUGUGGACACUGGUGGGAAGUACAAUUACAACAAGCUAAUCAAAUGUGGAGCUAAAGUUAUGGUGGAAGGGAAAGAGCUUGUGCUUGCUAAGUCUUGUAACGACGUGUCGUUUAGAGUUAGCUGGGACGGCAUACAUUUCACUGAAACGGCAAAUAAGUUGGAUCUUUCAGCAAAUAAACGGCGGGGCGUUUACGGAUCCUUCUAUUCCCCUUAAGUUUGCCUGCACCAGAUAGAAUUUAGGAAUCAUAUGACCAAAGUGUCUCUUGAAAAUGGGGACGAGUAAAAGUUAUUUGGAAUAUUUGUUUUUUUGUCAAAUUCUAAGAAAAUUCUCAUGAAAAU